CAAGACAAAAGUAAUUUCUCCUGUCUCUUAGUUGUUAUCUGGCUUAUAAAGCUUCAUCACAGGCAAAGGCUAUACUUUUGGGGCCAGAUAUUUGGAAGGUGCGAAAGGGCUUUAUAUUCGGUACGAAAGCAAAUAUCACUGAGUUCAAAUAUGACUCACUUAAAUCUUUCGCUGAUUCUUUUCUUUGUGGCUGUUUCUCAAGCAACGUUGAAUGGCGCUCCCACAUGUGAAGAGAACGACAGAUCAUCAUCUUACCUAGAUAGUGCUUUGGAUAUGCUCACUAAAACGAAGCUUCACUUCCAUCCCUGUCCUACCGCACCACGACCAAUGGAUUGCGCAGAAAUGUUAAAAAAUGGCUAUAAUGAAAGUGGCGUAUACACCAUCUGGCCGAGAAAUAGAGUGAAUGAAAAUAAACAAUUGGAGGUGUAUUGCGACAUGGAGACAGAUGGCGGAGGUUGGACGGUUCUGCAAAGGCGAGUUAACUUCAGUAGACCGAAUGACUAUUUCUUCAAAGACUGGGAAAGUUACAAAAUUGGAUUUGGUGACAUUGAAAAAGAUUUUUGGCUAGGCAAUGAUAACAUAUUCGCUUUAACCAAUCAACAACUGUAUUCUAUCCGAUUCGAUUUGACGGAUGUAAAGGGAGAGAAAAGAUACGCCAUCUACGACAAGUUCUGGAUUGAAGACGAAGAACGUAAAUACACUUUGCACAUCAAAGAUUAUAGAGGCAAUGCAGGAGAUUCAAUGACAAAUCAUAACUCAAGACCUAGCUUGCGCUUUAUCCCCUCAAUCACAUCACACGACAAUCAGAUGUUUUCCACUAAGGAUCAAGAUAAUGACAAUGCCGAUCACAACUGUGCUGAUUCGUAUAAAGGUGGCUGGUGGUACAAUUCUUGUCAUGCGGCCAACCUGAAUGGCCUUUAUUUGAGAGGAAAGCACGAAAGUUAUGCGGAUGGAAUCAACUGGCAUAGUUGGAAGGGAUAUCACGAGUCGCUAGAGACUUCCGAAAUGAAGAUACGUCCUAAAAAUUUCAAGAAAUUGUGAACCAAUGCUUACUUUUUCGCUGAAAAUCCUGAUUUGCUGAAUGCAGGAUUUUUUAUUGUUUAUCACAAAAAUAAUUUUAACUAUUGUCUAAAAUUGUCCAGAAUAACUAUGCAAAAUCAUGUAUUUUAUUGUUGUUUUAUGCUUUUAAAAUAAAAUUUAUGAAUAAAUGAUAAAAAAAAAUUAUGAAUUAAUUUUGUAUGAAUUUAUAUUGUACGCUUCAUCUUUCCUCUGUUAUUUUCAUAAAUCUAGAAAACUGCUGUGAGACAAUAAUACACAUGAAAUUGGAAUAUGAAAUGAAUUAAUUGAACGGCUUAGUCCAUUUAUCUAAUAAAUUGUAUCAAUUUGAAAUCAUUGUAC